AUGAAAUUUAUUAUUCAGUCAAAAAAAUGUUGUGUUGCUCGUGUUGGGAUAUUAACAGAAUUUGAAAGAAUUCCUGAUAGCAAGUUUGAAACUCCACUUGCUCUUGUUUAUACAAAGGGUGGUAGUGUACCACAUUUAACUAAGGAUGUUUUUAAACUGAUUACUACAAAUCCACAAGUAUUAUCUAUUUCAUUACCUUCCACAUAUUUAAUGUUAGAUUCUGUAAAGAAUACUAAUAAUAGUUUUGCAGAAUUUGUGGGUAUGAAAGAAUACAUCAAUUUUCUUACACUACAUGAUCCAGCUUAUACUACACCUUCAGGUUUUCAAGUAUUUAAUUCCACUCCUAUAUGGACAAGAUGUGGAAAGCAUCAUUUAACACCUAAUAAAUAUAUGGAUUUAAUUGAAGCAUUUAAACCAGAUAUAUAUGUUGCUUUAUGUGAUGGAGAUACUAAUAUCAAUAGUGGUAAAAAAAGGUUAUCAAAAGCUGUGCAACGUAGUAUAACGUUUUUUGAAGAAUGCCUCACUAAACAUUGUUCAUCUGAAACACUGAAAUCCUCAGAAAUAUUAGGUGCAAUUGAAGGUGGUUAUGAUAAAGAAGCAAGAACGUUAUCAAUCAAUUAUUUGAAAAAUAAACCUAUAAUGGGAUAUGUGAUUGAUGGUUUACAUAAUAAUGGACCAGAUAUAAAGAAUAUAUCAGCUGAAGAGAUUAAAGAAGUUGUAGAACAUACAAUAAAUCUUUUACCUACUGAAAAACUUAAAGUAUCAAUGGGAUGUUGGAAUCCUCUUACAGUUUUAGACCUUGUUGAAUUAGGUGUCGAUAUAUUUGAUACAUCAUAUCCCUAUAUAAUUACUGAAAAUUUAGAAGCAUUGACUUUUCUAUGUAAUCAUCAUAGCUGUAAUAUAGGACAUGUAAUAUCAUUUACAGAGGAAAGAUAUGCAGAUGACUUCUCUCCAAUAUGCUCUCAUUGUGAAUGUUUGACAUGCAAAAAUCACACCAAAGCAUAUUUACAUCAUUUAUGUAAAACCAAAGAAAUGCUUUUCUCAGUUCUUUUAAUGAUACAUAAUGUUCAUCAAUAUUUAGAAUUUUUUAAUGCUAUUAGAGAGAAUAUAAAACGUGGUACAUUUUAUGAUUACAAAAAAGAAAUUAAUCUAAAAUUUAAACAAAACAAUGUUAUUGAAACAGAUAAACUUACAGAUACACAAAGUGCUAAAUCUAAAGUUUUAUAA